AUGUCUGCGGUGGCUGCGACUCCGUUACAUCAAGGCCCUCGAGGUCCUCGCCGUUCAGGAAGAAAGCCCCGACCAUCAGACGCUCUUGACAGUGACAGCACUACGGCUCCUGCUGCACCGGCUGCAGAGCCUCAGCGAAACCCCUCCCCCGCCAUGGGAAAUACAACAAAGAACAACAUCAAAGCUCAACAUCGCAAACCUCCACAAGGCAAUCACAAGUCACAAACAGAAGGAAAGCAUGGCAACAACCAGCAGGCGAAGGUCAAGGCGACACCGACGCCCGUGAAACCAGCCGCGUACGCCGGAUCUGCUUUCCAACAAUCCCCAGCCCCUUCGGCUCUUCCUCUCCCAAGCUUCUACUCCAAGUCUCUACCCACCACGAGCUCCAUGCCACAACAACCUCCCACCUCAGAGGACACCAGCUCCCACGACUCUUCAGUCACACCGGGCGAUGAAUCACCUAGCAAGCGAGAAUCAACUCCCUGUGACUUCCUCUUUGAAGCCGCCCGACAAGCAAGAGCUACUCCUCGGGGUGAGAGCCCUGCCACACGCUCGGGCAAUCUCUCUGUUGCGAACGGAAGCCCUGCUUCACAGUCACCAGCUCCCCGAGAGGGAGACCCCAUGUUCCCCUUUGAGCUUGAAGGCGGCAAUCCGGGAGAAGAUGGAUUGGCGUUCGCUACCCCUUACAAAGAUCGCAUUGAAGCUCUGCGAUCCACGAAGUCGACGUCUACAGGAGGCAGAGGCAUGGACGAGAACGAACGCAGGGCGAAAUCGGAGGCAUUGAAGAAGUUGCUUAUGAAAUCGAGCGGUCGAGAAAGCGGCAUCGACAAUGAUACCGUCGCCGAUACUAAUCCAUUCAAUGCCAAGGCCCCAUAUUCGGCGGGUGCUCCCCUUCCCCAUGGCCAGCCUCGCUCCAGCUCGAACCCUGGCACACCGGUGUACACGCAAGAGAAUUCUGCAUAUCAUUCUCCGCAAAACUUCAUCCCGGUAGGAUAUCCAUUCCCAGGCCCUCAGAUGUAUACUCCAAGGCGCACGAACUCUUCUCGGCUUAGGCAUGUUUAUGGAGCACAAAGCGAGCCCGAGUAUGCCGAGUUGUCGUCCGAUAGCGCGAUAACACCGCCGACGGCGUCGCGAAAACACACCUCUCGUCCACAAGCCCAAUAUACUACGGCGUCAUCCACAAGCCAACCGCAGAUGCCGACUCAUCGAUCUAAGCCUAGUGCGCAACAACUUGAGGAUGAUUUGAGAAGGGUACUGAAACUGGACCUCACGUCUCGAGGAUGA